GUAUUUAUAUUAUAAAUAAGCCGAACAGAUACAAAUGCGAUAUCUCCAACUGUUCCACACCAUUGAAUUGCAACAGCAAAAAAGUGAAAGGGCAUGGGAGAGAUAGAUCCAGCGUUCAUUCAAACAGCAGAGAACAGGCCAAAGCUUGGUAUCAUUGAAGAAGAGAGCAUCCCUGUGAUAGACCUCUCCCCUUUGUUUUGUGCCUCUUGUUCUUCUUUUGAAGAGGUUGUGAGGCAAAUAGGAAGCGCAUGCAGAGAGUGGGGAUUCUUCCAAGUGAUCAACCAUGGAAUCCCAGUUGAGAGCAGGCAGAAGAUGGAAGCAGAAGCAAGGAAGUUCUUUCAUCAGAGCAAGGAGCAGAAGAAUGAGGUGAGAAGAGAUAGCGUGCAUGUUAUAGGCUACUUUGACUCUGAGCUUACCAGGAAUGUUAGGGACUGGAAAGAGGUGUUUGAUUACACUGUAGAGGAACCUACCUUGGUGCCUGCUUCACCUCAUCCUCAUCACCACACAAUCACUCAUUGGUACAACAAGUGGCCUCACUACCCACCACAUUUAAGGGAGGCAUUGGAAGAGUACGGUGAGCAGAUGGAAGAGCUAGCACUGAAGUUAAUGGAGCUUAUUGCUUUGAGCUUAGGUUUGGCACCAAAACGUUUUCAUGGUUUCUUCAAAGACCAAACAAGUUGGAUAAGGGUGAACUUUUAUCCACCUUGUCCUUCACCUCACCUUGUUUUGGGAUGUGGUCGUCACAAGGAUAGUGGUGCUUUGACCGUGCUUGCUCAAGAUGAUGUUAGUGGCUUAGAAGUAAAGAGAAAAUCUGAUGGCCAAUGGGUUAGGGUUAAACCACCACCUAAUUCUUAUAUUAUCAAUGUUGGAGCUGUAAUCGAGGUUUGGAGCAAUGAAACUUAUGAAAGUGUUGAGCACAGGGUUGUAUUGAACACCGAGAAGGAAAGGCUCUCGUAUCCAUUCUUUCUCACGCCUGCACAUUACACCAUGGUGCAGCCCUUGGAAGAGCUCGUAAAUGACCAAAACCCUCCCAAAUAUAGGCCCUACAAUUGGGGCAAGUUCUUUGUUACAAGGAAACGUAGUAAUUUCGUCAAUCUUAAUGUAGAAAACAUUCAAAUUGAUGAUUUCAAGAUUAAUUAGAUGUUUUUUCGAUAAUGUUGUAAUCAGGAUCCUAAAGGAACUUUGUCCAUCUAUUAUGAUAAUGUAUUAUUCUUAAUAAGCCGCCUUUGGCACAUAAUAAAAUUCAAUUUCAGAACCCAAA